UUUUUGCUUUCAAAUGUCAGUGUAUGUUGGCAGACAAGAGCACAAAACCCCACAACACGCCGGAAGAAACAGCUAGACAAUGGAAUCAGUGCCUACCCGUCUACCAGAAUCCAUCGUAGAUGAUGGAGCCCAGGCCUCCCCACAGCUCUGCCCUCUGGUUUCAACAGGCAGUUCUCUUCUCCAGGGGAUGGAAGACAUCCACACUCUGUUUGAACCAGCACCUCAAACAAGUCAUUCAAUCUACCAAGAGCAGGUUUUUUGCUCUUAUGAGGUUCACCAUAUAAAUAUGGACACCUCUACAACACCAUCUUCACCGACAGCUGCAGAGACGCUCAGGGGGACCGUUGAUUAUGUUCAAAACAACCGACCAGUGAUGUGUAAUCCCUUCCUCGGCGUGAUGAGCCCCUUCCAGGGCACAAUGUGGAGCCCACCCUUGCAAGAUUUUCCUCCUGCUGUUUAUCCCAUUCCACAGAAAUUUCACAGUUUUUCACCUUCUGGUCCAAGGGUCUGGGAUAGUCUUCCUCCAAUCCAGUUUAGCCCCAGAGCUCCUGGAGCCUCCCACAUGAUGAAUAUGGGUUUCCAGUCCAACUCACCUCAGUUUGGGUUCAGUUCGGGCCCCUGUAUGCUGAUCAAGAUCCCAGAGUUCUGUCAUGAAGCAUAUUUCCCUUCUCGCCAAUUAUUCUUCAGGCCUGAAGGUUGUCCCAGAUGGUGCCUGUGCCCCAUGAUGGAGCCAGUCAACCAGACCUGCAGACCAGAACUGGUUUAUAGGACAAGAGAGAGCAUGGUGCAGAAUGAUUCUUCGACAUCAGAGGACAAGUGGCCUAACAAGGCAGAAGAACAUCCCCAAAUGUUUACACCAUACAAGACCAAGAUACGAGGAGGCCACGUUUCUUCAGAACCCCUGGUUGCUUUUCAGGAUCAACUUCAAACACAUUGGACCAGGGAGGACAACCAGGAUGUCCCCAACUCCAUCUGUCCCAAGGAGGGGUCGAUCCUGGACACAGACGACCUGAGCUGCCUCCUUCCUUCAGACCUGGACCCCCUUGAUCACUAUACUCUGGAAGACCUGGAGACACUGAUGAAGGAGAGUUCAGACUCACUUUUCAACGAGAAAGAGACCCCUCCACCGCCUGCUAAAAUUGAAAGAAUAAUUCAGUACCUACGCUCUGGUGCUCCGAUCACAGAAUAUGAACCAAACUCAGAACAAAAUGAGCAAGAUUUGCCAGCCAAUGAAAAACUGAGGAAGGGCUGGCAUUCUUCCUCUCCAUUGCAGCAGUCCCCCUUAGAAGGAAAAUCAACCGAUCAGUAUGAGUCAUUUUCUCCUGAUCAUCAUUUUGAAGAAGAUAUGACCUGUAGGUAUUUGACGGAAGCUAAUGAUGACAGGAUUAGACUUCAUAAAAUAAAUCCAGAGAAACGUUCUAAACAAAGAGUAGCACGCAGCCAAAAAACACCAAGAGAAAAAGGAAUUCAUAACACUAACCCAAAGAUCUGCACAGUCAUCAGAUGCAGUCAUGGGGUGAAGGGCCACACUGACAAAUCAGAUGGACAGAGUCACGCUUUGAGAGCCGAAAGGAAACCAGCUGAUAAAUUCACUCCACAGAGAAAGUCACCAAGUAAUCAAAAGCAAAGAAAACAAGGCUCUGUAAGAAGACAGAUAUUUAAAACAGAGCAGAGGGAUUAUAAAGAGAAGAAGCCCAAUAAAGCAAAGGAACUGACAGUAGGUUAUGAAUCCAAAACGUUCAAAAGGAAAAGGCAGAAAUGUACAGCGCCAACAGGAAAACCUCUCGAUUUCUGUAGAAGAAUGGAGAUAACUAGGAAAUGGUUAUCUAUACAAGAACCAAGAGAGGAGGGGAGGGGUGAAAUUUCAAAGGUUGCAAAACGCAAAACUCAAAGCAAAAACAAAGAGGAGAGAGUGCAGUCGGCUCAAAGGAAAAUCAAAGGCUCGAAGUCCUCGUUAAAGAGAGAAGUGGGGGUAAAUUUGCACGAUAAUCCAGGCCAACCUCAGAGUCUGAUGGAAAGAGGAAAGAAAAGAGAGAAUAAGCAUGAAACAACCCAGCCUAUUAAAGAGUUCAAAAUACCGAAGGCCAAGGUUUCUGGAACCCAAUGUCCACCUGCUCACUCCAUUACAUCAAAAAAACACCCAACAGUUAAUCAAUGUAGUCAUAAGGCCCUGAAAGACAAAUGUGAGCCAAACUGUCCCUCCAGCGGGACAAAGAAGCUCCCCUCUUUGGAAACAGUUAAAAUAGGUCCCUGGUCAUCCCUCUUUAUGUACCCAAUGUCGAGUGAAAUGCCUAAGCAGCAAUGCAGCACAUUCCUGGAAGCCAACCCCAGUGACCAAAAGCCAAAGGUUUUACAAAGGAAAGGGAAUAGAUUAAGGAUCAAGACUGAAGCAAGGACAGAGCCGACCAAAGACGAGGAGACAGAACAGCUCGGCCUUGCAAGUAAAGCAAAGAAGCACAAGCAGAGAUGCAAUACCCCUAAAAGGAGGAAACGGGGCGCAAAUGAGACUGUGGAAAGACUUUGGUCAAGUCCAGCAAAAAAGCACCGGGAAUCAGAGCAGAGAGGGGACAAACUCAGAAUGAAGGAAAGAAGAACUUUAAGAGGAACCUGGCUUCAUACAGAGCAACAAAUAACCCCGAAGAAUCCUCAAAACAGCUCAGUUUAUUGAUGAAAUAAACACACUCUUUAAAAAUCAGA